AUGUGUCGAACUCCAGCUGAAGUUCGCGCCCAGGCUGGAGGCUGGGCUGGCACAGAAGGCGGAAGUCGGGCGCAGUUGAUCGCCCGUGUACAAACGUUUAUUCCAGCGCAGACUAUGUUGCCACCUCGUCGGCUUGAGGAACUUGUUGAUGAUGCUAUUUCUGCGCAAAUAGCUGCCUGCACCUUUCAUAACCAACUUGGCCCACCUUUACAGCUCACGACACCUGGAAGCGGUACGCGUCUUCUCGAACUCCUACGACCUCUUAGGACUGGUAGGCAUCAAGAUAACUUCUCUGGCAUCUCGUUAUUACAGAGGCACUCAUGCGGCAUGUAA